GUAAAAUCUGUUGAGAGAGCCGCGCGCUUUUGCGGCGCGUUUACCACUGUCAAUUUCUUAUUUUCGUUUUGUGCAUUUUCGCUUGACGCUAAGCAGUUUAUUAUUGUAGCUUAUAUUAUUUCUUAUAAAUCGUUGACACUGUGUGAAGAUAAAUAAAAAUCGUUAGCAUAUCUAAUAAAUGUUAUUGCUUUUGAGGCUUGUGUUAAAGUAGUGACGGCCGGCAGAAUGCUUGAGGUAGGCGACUUUAAGAAAAUGCAAAAAAUUGGUGAAGGUACUUAUGGCAUCGUUUACAAAGCAAAGGAUAAGAAAACAGGCCGGGAUGUGGCGCUAAAAAAGAUCCGUUUAGAUAGUGAAACUGAAGGCGUUCCAUCAACGGCAAUACGUGAGAUUUCGCUGCUUAAGGACUUGACCCACAAUAGUAUCGUACAACUCUACGAUAUAGUGGUGGCGGAUUCCAGCUUGUACAUGGUAUUUGAAUAUCUCAAUAUGGACAUGAAGAAAUUAAUGGACAAAAAGAAGGAUGUGUUCACGCCUAAGCUUGUCAAGAGUUACAUGCAUCAGCUUCUGGAUGCUAUAUGCUUUUGUCACACAAACCGUAUAUUACAUCGUGAUCUCAAACCACAGAAUCUUUUGGUCGACACUGAGGGCCACAUUAAGUUGGCAGAUUUCGGUUUGGCGCGUGCCUUCAAUAUGCCAAUGCGCGCUUAUACGCACGAGGUGGUAACGCUGUGGUAUCGCGCACCAGAAAUACUCUUAGGCACGAAAUACUAUGCAACAGGCAUGGAUAUUUGGAGUUUGGGUUGCAUAUUUGCGGAAAUGAUAAUGAAGCGUUCGCUUUUUCCCGGCGAUAGUGAAAUUGAUCAGUUAUAUCGCAUAUUCCGCACAUUAGGCACACCGGAUGAAAAUGUAUGGCCAGGUGUUACACAAUUACCCGAUUACAAAGCCAAUUUUCCACGUUGGGAGAAAACGAAUAUACCUGAAGUGCUUGUGAAGCACGAAGCUUUUAAUCUAUUUAAGAAUAUGAUGCUUUACGAGCCAAAUGAACGAAUAUCGGCGAAAAAUGCAAUGAUCCAUCCCUACUUCGACGAUGUUGAACACGUGAAACAUGUAGAACUGCCCGUGGAUACGCCUUAGCUGCUAGAUUAGUGUACAUUUUAUAAUUUAUUUAAAUUUUAGCUAAUUUACCGAUUUAUGUGUAUAAAAAUAAUUAAAGUAAUUUCCCUUUUAAGAAGUAUAAGAUAGCUUUUUGUUUUAGUAAUUUCAAUUUUUAAAAUUUAAGUAAAAGUAGUCAGUUUAAUUUAAUUCAAUAUAUGCAUCGCUAAAUUUGUUGCAACCUGUA